CAGGCAACUCUCAUAAAUUCCCAAAAGGAUUUCGACUGCCGUAGAACACACAACGUUUUGAUACCCAAAUAUCCUAAAUUAAAUAGUCCAACAUUACAAAUUUCGAAUACACAAAAUUCUUCUGUUUUCUGCAUUCAAUAAGUGAACGCCAUGGGCAGCAUCCGUCCGUUGUCUGGAGAGGAGCGUAUUCUCAUUAGCAGAUGGCUCGAGAGCGAAGGGAUAACCCUGAACUUGCGUUCGCGGCGCGACACCUACUCCGAUGUGCGUCCCGUGGCGGAGAUCCUCAAGCGGAUCUAUCCCGACAUAGAGCUCGAGUGCUAUCAACCUGUCAGCAGCUUUUCGCGGCGACUCCUGAACUGGGAAAUCUUCUCGUAUCGCGUGCUCAGGAAACUGGGCCUGCGACUCCACAACGAGGAUCUCAAGCAGCUAGCCGAGGGUAAGCCCGGGGCCGUCGACUGGUUGCUAUUCAAUGCGUUUUCCAUGGGGGAAGUGCUGCCCAGAAUGCGAAGCUGUUCCAAGGCUCGCUCCUUGAGCCCAGCUGAGUCCAGGGGCCACUACACGAACCAAAGGCGACAUAUCUAGAUGAGCGUAUGUGGAUGGGCUAUGGGAAUGGAUCCUAGCCAAAAGCAUCGACAGUGGAGUAUGUAGUUUUGUUCAAAGUAUUUAAUGGACCGCAGUGUGCCGAAGAAUUGGCCAUCCGGAUCGCCCCAGAGACGGACCAGCGAAAUGGUAGGUGGAUGGAACACUUGGGGAGAGACGCACAGCGACAGGCCUCUAACCGUAACCCUUCCUGCCACAGAUCAAGGAUGGAUGCUACACUGCCUGUGCAGUUUCUUUUAAUUAAUUCAGUAUUGCAUCGACAGUGCAGGAGUCCAGUAAAACAUGAAGUUCUCGUCGUUUGUGGUCAUCAUGCUUUGGAUGUUUCUGCAAGGGAAGUCCUCACUGGCCAGGAGCUACGAAACGGCUCAGGAAGUUACCUUCCCGGAGCAGUGCAAUGAAUAUUGUUUCUCAGUUCUCCAGCCAUUCCUCGAAUAUUUACUCAAGUUUAAAGAGGCGGCAGAUGCCAAUAAUGAAAUGAACGACAGAAUACACUCAUUGGAGCUCACCAUCAAUAAUUUGCAGAGUCAGAUACUAAAAAGUGAGACGGAACUUACAAAAAACUAUGUCCAUCAAAUCAAGGUGAAAGAGGAACAAAUCAACGGAAAAGAUAAACAAAUCAAGGACAAAGACGAGCAAAUGAACGUUAAGGACAAACAAAUCAAGGAUCUCAGAGAGCAAAUCAAUGGGAAAGACGAGGAAAUCAAGGUUCUCAGAGAGGAGGUGAAGAUGAUUUCUUGUCUCAAUAGUGGCCCAAAUGGCAUUUUCAAUAUAAAGGUCAAGGGAAUGGAGCCGUCCCAAAGUCCCUGCAAUUCCUUUGGAUGGACGGUCAUUCAACGGCGUAUCGACGGAAGUGUUGACUUUAAUCGCAAGUGGACGGCUUACAAAGAUGGAUUUGGAGACAUCCGGGGAGAGUUCUUCCUCGGACUGGAAAAAAUUCAUACAAUGACCUUGGCCCAGCCUCACGAGUUGUACAUCCAACUUCGAGAUGUGAAUGGUACCACCAAAUAUGCUCGCUACGAUGAUUUCAAAAUAGGAAGCGAAAGUGAAGGCUACAAACUGAAAUCGCUGGGAGAGUAUUCAGGAACAGCUGGAGAUUCACUAACUUACCAUCUGAACAUGAAAUUUACCACAUUGGACCGGGAUAAUGACAUUUAUGAGAAAGCUAAUUGCGCGAAAGAUCAUGGAGGUGGUUGGUGGUUUAAUAAAUGCGCUAAAAGUUCCCUCAAUGGAAAUUAUUAUUACGAUGGUAAAAGAACUGAAUACAAAUUGUUCGGCAUUGAAUGGGGCACUUGGAAGAACUACGAGUAUGACUACACCAUCUCGCUUACAUUUUCUCAAAUGAUGAUAAGAUUAAAAUGAUAUUAAUGAUUUUAAUGAUAUAUUAAUAGUUAAGUUGAUCCUGAAAGACGAUUAUAACAAUCCAAA